AUGGAGGACAUUUAUGCCGAAAGGGUGGAGAAGAUGGACUUCUCCAGGCUGCGUUGGCAGAAAAAGGAGAUGAACCUGGCCAUGCAUCAGCAGGAGGUUCCCCUGGUGAACGUCUUCCUGCAAGGCGUGAAGUGUGACCUAGAGUUUCUAGCGAUGACGCCGGCCACUUCCUAUGCAGAUCAGGCUCAGAAGACGUUUCUUACCCAUGCCUAUGGUGCCUGUGCCUAA